ACUCGCAACAUCUCUUGGUACCAUCACCACGUGAAAACUGCACAUGUUACAGGAGUCUUGUGACGGUCUACCGUGACAUAUAAGCUGCCCAAAGGGGCUAUGCCGCCUAUUGAAUUGUUUUACUGGUAUCGUGGAAAAAGUAUAUUAGAAGCCCUCGUCUGUCGACAAGUUGAACCAUAAUCAUCAUCCGGGCUCUGUACUCAACCAUUAACAUUUCUCUUCUCCCGUUUAUGCGAGACAACAGUUACACCUAUCCUUUGAACAUUCAUCAACAUGAGUAGCAAUACCCCUUUCACACUUGAGGCCAACCCAGGUACAGAUAUAUGGCGGAAACCCCCUACUACCAAUGUUUGGAAUGCACCCAUAUCGCGCACCUCUACUGGUUUGCUGAAGAAGUUCCAGUCAGCACGUGUGACAUUCUGGGCCUCCUGGACAGAACGUUACGAUCAGGCGGGCUUACUUCUCGUGCCCAGGAGCGCCACCUCUACACCGCCAACCACAGAGGCACCGGAGAAAUGGGUCAAGACGGGCAUCGAGUUCUACGAAAACCAGCCGCAACUCAGCACCGUUGGGUGUGACCGCUGGGCUGACUGGAGCGUCAGCCCCCUUACUAGAGCUGUUGACCCCGAGCAGGGUGUGACGCUCGAGGCCAGGCGCGAGGGCGAUGAGAACGGCCGUUCUGUCUGGGUCUACCAGCUAGUUCUUGACAAGUCGGGAGAAGUGGUUGAGCGGCUCCCACUGCGUGAGAUCUGCUGGAUUCUCGCAGACGAGGACGAGGAGCAAGUACUAGAUGUUAGCCCUCUUGUUGCACGGCCGGAGCGUAACACGACGUCUCAGUUAAGCGUCGAGUUCAAGGAAUUCAGUGUUGUGUGGGAUUGAGAAGCUGUCGUGGGAUUUAGUUGCAUCCUCAUUCAAGAGCCGAUAACGGCUUCUCAGAGAAAGCUUGAUUAUUUACAUCUUCAUUGCAAAUGAAACUUUGAUUUAAUGAGACUUUCGAAUCAAAAAAGCGAAAAGGGUUUGCGAUCCUACAAAUGUAGACAAUACAUACUUAUAUGCCAUAAUAAUGAGUUACGCGAUACCGAGAACCUAGGAGAAACCAACGAAAAUGUUGGCUGCGGGGCAAGGUUGUUCCGUACCAAUCUGCACGACGAUUGGCACAUUU